AUGGCUACAUUCACUCAUUUGGUUCGUUUCCUGGCCAAGGAUGGCCAGGUCUACUACGGAGAUGCCGUGCUCCCAUCUGGAGUGAUAGAUCUCUCCAAGGUUACUCAGGCCAAAGUUAUUCAGGGCGACAUCUUUGGUCAACAUCGUGUGACCGACCAGGUGGCUGAUGUGCGGAUGCUUCUGUCCCCCCUGGCUCGUAAGGAUAUCCAGACAGUUCGCUGCUUGGGACUCAAUUAUGAGCAGCAUGCCAAGGAAUCCAAUCUGCCAAUCCCCCAGUACCCUGUCUUGUUCUUCAAGCCCAUCACCGCCAUCGCAGGCCCCACAGAUGAUAUCCCAGUUGCCCAAAUGGCGCAAGAGGGCGAGGGUCUGGAUUACGAGUGCGAGCUGGUCAUCGUGAUUGGCAAAGAGGCUCGCGACGUGCCCGAGAGCAAGGCAUUGGAUUAUGUUCUGGGUUAUGCGGUCGGUAACGAUGUUUCCCACCGCGAUUGGCAGAUCAAGCGUGGUGGAGGCCAGUGGAACCUGGGUAAAGGCUUUGAUGGCUGGGCGCCAUUUGGUCCGGGUAUCGUCUCCUCUAAGGUCAUCUCCGACCCGAACUCUCUGCAGAUCUCAACCAAGUUGAACGGUAAGACUGUGCAGUCAUCAUCUACCAAGGAUAUGAUCUUUGGCGUGGCCAAAACCAUUGCCUUUUUGUCACGGGGUACUACCCUCUUGCCUGGAGAUUUGAUCUUCACUGGAACACCACAAGGCGUGGGCAUGGGCCGUAAGCCCGCUCUGUGGCUGAAGAAUGGCGACCAGGUUGAAGUGUCAUUGGAGGGUGUUGGAUCUUGUGUUAACCGAGUUGUCUUCGAUAAGGUUACACCCAAACUAUAA